GGGGGAGGCCCCGGGGGGGGGCGGGGCGGGAGUUUGGGGGCGUCGAGGGACCCCCGGGACCCCCCCCGGCAGCGCGGGAUGGGCGACAGCGACCGCGACUGCCGGAGCCCCGACAGCUCGAGCGCCGCCUCCCCUCCCCCCCCUCCCCCCAUGGGGUCCCCCCCUGCCCCCAGCCCCAAAUUUGGGGUCCCCCCUCCCCCCACCCCCAAAUUUGGGGUCCCCCUUCCCCGUGAUCAGCUCCUCCCUGGGCUCCCCGGGGGUCCCCGCGACCCCCGCCCUCGCCUACGGCCCCGUCAGCAGCCCCCAGAUCAACUCGACGGUGCCGCUCUCGGCGCUGCCGCCCGCAGCGGCUCCGAGGACGUGAAGCCCCCGCUGGGAAUUCGGGGCCCCCCGGCUGCGCCCCCCACGGCGCCGGGAAGCGGCUCUGCGCCAUCUGCGGGGACAGAUCCUCGGGUAGGGCCGGGAAACGGGAUUUUUCCCCCCAAACCCCCGGAAUCCCCACCUCCCCAGUGA